GACAUCCACCCUCAUCUGUUUACAUUGAGGAACACAGUUGGGAGUGCUACUGUGAUUAGGAUUUUUACCUGACAAUCCAAAGAUUUGACAGACAUUAUCGCUCCAGAGACAAUGGCUCCAACCCUGGCUUUGCUGCUGCUCUGUCAGCUGGCCUUGUAUACAGCAGUGGCAUCCAAGAAAGGAUGCGAUCGUCCGAUCCUGAGUGACGGGAUGAACACGGAGGGGCUCCAGAGAUUUUACUCCCCCGGGGAUAUGGUGGCACUGUCCUGUAAAAUAGGAUACACUACUUUUACAGGUUCCCGCCACAUCGUCUGCACGGCCAGUGGAGAAUGGACCAAGCUGAGAUUCAAGUGCUCGUCAAUAAGUUGUUCUCUCCCAGAAGCACUGGACCAUGGGGAUAUGGAGUUAAUGGACAUUCAGUACCAGAGUGCUAUAAACUACACCUGCCAUGAGGGGUACACCCUGCAAGGAGCCAGUACCAUUAAGUGCUUGGCAGACGGAGAAUGGAGCGAGCCACAUCCAAAGUGUUUACCGGUGAACUGUGGUCUGCCUCCAAUACCAAAGCUAGGAAAAGCUGUCUACGACAGAGUCUUCACAGGCAACACAACCGUGUUUGGUUUUGGGGUGACCUACCAGUGUCUUAACCCACUUGUCCUCAUAGGGAAUGAGAGGGGAAUGUGCCUUUCCAAUGGGAAAUGGACUGAGCCACCAGAAUGUAAAUUUGUUAGUUGUCCGGCUCCAAAAGGCAUCCCCAACGGUUACAUGACUACGGAUGCGAAGAGGGAGCACGGUUACAAGGAGACUGUCAGAUACGGAUGUAAUUUAGACUACGUUCUAGAGGGCCCUCUGGAAAUUGAAUGUCUGAAAACUGGGGAUUGGUCGGAGAAGCCAACUUGCCAGGCUUCAUGCAGCGUGGACAUUAAAAGAGGACGCAUCUUAUACAGAGGAAAGAAAAUAUGGAUAGAGAAUUUUACUCCCAAUAAAGUCUCCCACAAAGAACUUGUCUCCUUCUACUGUAUGAACGAGGAAAAGAAGUGUGGCUAUGCAGUGUCAAGCCAGUGCAUUGAUGCAACACUUAAGAUUCCAGAAUGUUUUGAAGAACCAGGCAAGUGGAGCUAUCUGGCAUAUUCAUCUUAUCUUCCAUCUGAGAUAAAACAAUGCUGAAUCUCAAUGCUGCUUGCAGUUAAAUAAAUAUGACUUCAUUCAUCUAA